CUCCCUCUUCCUAACACACAUUCCCAGGCUGGUGCUGCACAACAGGAAAGCAGGAGUCACGUUCUCCAGUUCGGCAGUAGGUGACUGGAUGACUGAAGCGGAGAGGAGAGGAGAGGAGUAGAGAUCACUGGAGCAGAGAGAUGUUCAUCUGUGGAACACUGGAACACUGAAGCCAAGAAAGGCAAGAGUUACCCAAGAAAUACUGCACAGUGCAGCAGAGAGGAGUCACUGUACAUUCUUCAGUUCAACUGUGCAUGACUAGGUCAUUGAAGCAUAGAGGAGUUACGUUCUCCAGUUCACUCGUGGAAGACUGGAUAGCAGUGAAGCAGAUCAAGAGUCAAUGCACAUUCUACGGUUCUGCCGUGGAAAUCUGGAUCGCUGAAUAGCAGAGGUGUCUCUGAGCAUUCUCCUCACCUGUGCACGAGCAAUUAGUUUGCUCAUGAAUGAGUGGGUCUCUGCAGAAGAGUUGAAGAUCAGAGGCAAGAGCGAAGAAGGAGAGAGCUGAACAGAGGAAGAAAGAGGAGAGGAAUGAUGAAAAGAGGAGUGUAGAGUACAGGAGGAGGAAAUCACCUGGAGCGCUGAGUUGUUGCCACGCUCCUGCACCGGAAUUGCUAACUGAAAGCAAGUGGAUUGAGUUUCUCUUGGUUUGCUUCUGGAUCAGAAUAUCACUGCAGAGGAUUAGGACCACUAGAGAAGGUAGAGGAAGAGGAGACCUUUUGACUUUGACCUUUGACCUUUUGGAAUACUAAACGGUUGUCUCCCCCCCGCGCCUGGUCUAGUUGAUUGGUUGUUAUACUGCAAGAGCUUGCCUCACAGGUGUGUACUUGGAUCUGUGUGACAUCAUUACUGCACAAGAUCACCACUGCAUGAGAUCCCAACUGCAACCGAUCCACAUUACCGUACAGAGAUCAUCACCUUCUUUGCAUUGGAUCAAUACUGCUGCACGAGAUCCCCUGGAGUCCCACUAGGCAGCGACCCCCACUGCACAAGAUCCACACUGCACAAAAUCAUCUCUGCAGGAACUCCCCAUUGCAUGGCAUUGGAGUUGUGCUGCUAUGGAUCAACACUCAGACGGCUCCUAUGUGAAGAUAAGCACGGAGAAAGUCAUCCCAAAGUCGGACAUUCUGUGUUUGCUGAGGACGUACAACUGCUAUCAUGAGGGUCGAAGCUUCCAGCUACACCUGAGAGAGGAGGGGGGACUGCUGCUGAUGGAGGGUCUGCUGAACAUCAGCUGGGGACUCAGACGGCCAAUCAGGUUGCAGAUGUAUGACCACGACCAGAGAUUCCACUACAGCCGCACCACAAUACAGAAACUUGACCCCUCCUCCAACAGAUAUGAGCAGCUGAGUCAAACUACCCUGGAAUUCAACAACAACAUCAUCACUGAUCUCACUUCUACAUACCUGGAUGAGGAGGCCCCCCUGCUCCCGCGCACCCAGAGUGACGCCAGCGUGGUGCGUGUUCAGCGUCGGACGCACACACGCUCCUCCAGCGAUUUACAGCGCCUACGGACACAUCGCUACUCCAUCAAUGGACACUUCUACAACCACAAGACGUCGGUCUUCACCCCUGCCUAUGGCUCUGUCACUAACGUACGCGUCAGCAGCUCCAUGACAACACCACAGGUGCUCAGCCUGCUGCUCAGCAAGUUCCGAGUGGAGAAUAAGGUUGAAGAGUUUGCCCUGUACGUGGUGCAUGAAUCUGGUGAGCGUACCCGGCUGAAGGACUGUGAGUUUCCGCUGGUGUGUCGGGUGCUGCAUGGCCCGUGUGAGAAGAUUGCCAAAAUCUUCAUCAUGGAAACCGACCUGGGUGAAGAAGUGACAUACGAUGUGGCUCAGUACAUCAACUUUGAGCUGCCCGUCCUUCGCAGCUUCGUGCAAAAACUUAAGGAAGAGGAGGAAAGGGAAAUCUCAAAAGUGACUGAAAGAUUCAGCGUUUUGAAGGCCAUGAUCGAGAGACAACUUGAAGAUGGUCAGACAGCGGACCACAUGUGAGGCAAGACAGAAUACCCAUUGUGUGUGUGUGUGUGUGUGUGUGUGUGUGUGUGUGUGAGUGAGAGAGAGAGAGUUGAGAAAGUGAACCCAACAAAUGCACUGCUGAAUAUACACACACAGACAUUCACAAAUACACACAUUCUCUCUUUCUGUCUCUCUCUGUCACACACACAUGCAUGCAUGCACAUGCGCGGACACACACGCGCACACACGCACACACACACACAUCCCAUAAAAAACACACCUGUGUGUGUUUCUUUGUUUCUUUCUUUGUUUCUUUCUUUGUUUCUUUCUUUGUUUGUUUGUUUCUUUCU